AUAAAAAUAUGGUGUAUCGAAACUGUGCAUUAAUUUAACGUGAAAUAAUGUUUUGGAACGAGGUACAAGAGGAGACUCGAUGGCAGGAUAUUGUGUAAAAUGUUAUCCAAACAUUUUGAUUGGAUGCAUUUACGGUCAAGGUUUAUUAGACUUGUGUCUCCCAAAUUUAAUGAAAACAAUUAAAUAAAUUCUGUGUCAGGUUUUAUCUGAGAGCAGGUUCUAAGAUUGGAACGAAUUAGGCGUAAAUUAGAGAAACGUCUUUUCCCUCUGAGCUGGGCUUUUCCAUUACUUUGCCUCUUCGUAGAUUUGUUUAUACCUAAGUAAUUUAACACAUUCGUAAUCAGUUCCAAGUGAUAAGUUUCGUAUGAAUGCGUUCAUUAACCUUUUUUUUAAUUAAAUUCAUUGAACUUCGUAGUUGUUACGUAAUAUCGUACUUGUAAUGACAACAAAAAUAAUUCUGACCCAGUUUUUGUUGUCUGUCCUUCUGCCCAAAGUCCAGUGAACCCUCCAUCCGAUCGUUAGAGAAUUAGGCGACUUCUUGUGGCCCUGUUUUGCCUUUUAAACCCAGAUCGGUUGCGAUAACCGGAGGGACAUGUGAAAAACUAUCUUCACUUGGAAAUUAUUACUUAUUUUUCAUUUGAAACGUUAAUUGUUGUUUCCCUUUCUCAAAACGGUGGCCACCUCUGCAUGAUUUCACCUGUUCACCACGUGUGACUCCCUUUAAAUACCGGCAAUGCCGCUCUUCGCACGCUCAGUUUUAUUAGAGAAAUCGUCGAACACGUCCCAUAAAUGUAUCACAAAAUGUUGGUCUGUGUCAUCGCCGCUCUCACAGUUUUUAACAUUGUCUGCGCUAUGCCGUCAGAAACUCAAAACGCUUCAGUAAUGUGCAAACUUCCUGAGGCUCGAGGACAUUGCAGGGCGCUUUUGCCGCGUUGGAGAUACGAUCCUGCGACGGGGAAAUGUCACGAAUUCAAAUUUGGGGGAUGUGACGGCAACGGAAAUAAUUUCAUGACGUACAAAGCUUGCAUGAGUGUGUGUGCAGGAGUUUGAAGAGAGAGGAGAGAAUUUUGUGAUACUGUAUUAGUGUUCUUGAUGUAUUUAUCUUAGUUUAUUUAUUGCGAUAAGAGUAUUACAUGUUUAUUUCGUGUACUGGAAUUUUCUACAAUUAAUAAAAAUUGUUAUAAAAGCGAAA